AUGUCCAGCCACGAGUACUUCGAUCCAUACGACAAAAUAUGGAAGAUUGCUGACCUCUCCGCUUUUAUCUAUCGUCUUAACCCCCAUGAAGUUAUCGCAUCAAACGCCAAGAUUGAACAGUACCGCGAGAUAGCAAUGAGGUUAAUCCUCGAACGCAAUGGCGCACAAUUAUCUGACACCCGCGUCACACGUCAAACCCGCAAGAAUACAGCUGACAACAAUUUGCGAGCCGGAGCCCCUCAGCAAAACCCCCCCCUGGCUAUUCAAAAACCAAGACCUGGUCCAAAGGCGAAACCUGUCUCUAGAGCUCCGCCGCCAGCCGUGUCGAAGGCGUCAAAUACUUGUGCUCCUCCGGCAACUUCGACUACUCGACCGCUUACUUUGACUUCAAACGGAUCGGCCCAGGCAUUUAAGACCUCAAAAAACACGACUCGACCUACUACCCCAACAGUGACCAAACCUGUCUUGAAGCGUCGACCGCCUUCUCCUGCGCAACCAGUUCUCAAAAAACUCAAGGCUACUCGCUCAAAUGCCGAGCCUGUCGGCCCGAAAUCGGUUCCAAAAUCAACCAAGAAGCCAGCUAUGCCAAAAACGACCUUGAAAAUCGCUACUCAACCAGUUCCUCAACCCUCCCUCCGAUCGCAUACGCCUGCUAUCGCAAAAGCUGUGUCACAGCCUAUUGUCACCAAGCCGCGUGCCCAAGUACCUCCUGAAACUGUCCAACGCAAACGAGUGGCCAGCGUUCACUUUGCAGAAACCGAUCCAGAGCCAAAUGAAAGCUCGUCAAAUGAAUAUUGCCGUCCAAUCCGCAAACUCCGCCAGACUCACAAGACAGCUUGUGAAUCAAAUUCCACUACCCCAUCGGCAAACACCUCCACGCAAGGCCUCCGUCAGACCCACAAGAAAACUCGGAAAUCGAAUGCCACCACCCAACCAGUAAGCCCCUCCGUACAUCAGAAUCACAAGAAAGCUUGCAAUUCGAAUGCCGCCACCCGAUCUCAGCAGAAAGACAGGUCCAAUGUAUCUCAAGAUCAACAUACAAUUUCUCGAGUAGCAACUAGCCACAGUGGCUUGACUGCAGGACGACUGCACGAGUAUAUGCCUGGAUAUGUAUCUUGUCCGCCAAUCAUGCAGUCUGCAACACCUCACCUUGGACAACCAUCAAUCCAGCCGCAGCCUCACCUUGGGCAGCCAUUGACCCACCCGCAGCCUCAUCUCACAACAUCCGGAGCAUUUGAGCAAAUCUCGCACAUCUCCAGCGGCACACCCCAGCACGCCACUACUGCCCAGAACGUUCCACUGCAAAUGUCUCAUCUCUCCAGCGGUACACCCCAACACGCGACUGCUGCCCCAAACGUUCCACUCACAUUUCAUAUUCCGGGAAUUGGUUGGCUUCUUUUGCUAGCUCUGGACCCAAUUACCCCCAAAGUUUCUAACGCGCCAAUGACCUCCAAGGAACCAACGAUCUCUUCGGCUGCAUUUCCUUUGACUACUGCAGUAUCCCAUCCUACCCCCUCUGAAGUCCCAACUCCUAAAUGGAUUCGCCUGACUGAAACACCAUUGGCAUCAACAGGACCAGCAUUCCAACCUAAGACGCCAAAGCUGUGGACUCGGCUCCCUUUGACUGAUCUCAUACACCAAGAAGCCCUCCUAGAAGGACCCGCCCCUGAUUCUUUGGUAGAUCCUACUACUAGCAUGGAAGAAGCUCCGACGCCAAGCCAACAAACAGCUUAUUAUAAUCCUGACCGAGUGGACUCUUGCCUACAAACUCUUGAAGCUUUAUUAACUAGUCUGGUUCAAUCUCAAAAAGAUCCGCCGCAAACUUUGCCAUCGUCAAAUAAUCAAUCCUCAGAGCUUCGACCACUACAACCUUUUCAGCCAUCUAUGCUCCAACCGCUUGAAUCUUCUUGA